AUGUGUCGUCUCCUGAAUGUCCUGCUGGCUUUGCUGAGUCGCUUCCUGUUUGCGGUCCAUGGGGUGGUGACAGUGUGGCGCGUGGUGGCCGUCAAAGAGGAGCCACUCUAUUGGCUGCUGCUGACGGGCGUGGCUCUGCUGGGCGUGGAGAUGGCUGUCACGCUGAAGUGCACCCGAAACGCGGAGUGGAAAUGGUUCUCCCCCAUGGUUUUCCUCUACCUCAGUACUGUCAUCCCGUCCAUUUGGUUUCUGGAGCUGAGCCUGCUGCAGUCCAAGCUGCCUGUCAACAAUUCAUCAGGCCCCGAGCUUCAUUUGCUGGCUCACAUCCCGAUCACAGUGGGCAUCGUGGAGCUGGACCCAGAGAACUGGGUGGCUGGCCUGGAGCAGACCAUGCUCAUAGUGUUGGUCCUUGGCCGCUGGCUGAUGCCCAAAGGGGACAUGUCUCGCGACCAGCUCUCCCAGCUCCUCAUGGUCUACGUGGGACUGGGUGCAGACAUCCUGGACAUCUUCGACACCUUCAAGGAACCCGAGGUCAAAACCAACCGAGCGGUUGUCAUCGUCGGCCUGGCCCUCUUCUCUUGGGCGCUCAUGCAGUUUCCUCUGGUGCUCACCCAGACACAACCCCCAAAGGGUGAGCCUCCACAGAGGAGCGUGGGCAGUGUCUCCCGCUGCCCUUCCGCUCCGUCAGCGUUCGCCUCCUGCUGCUCCAGUGAAGUGUGGAGCUUACUGCUCACGGUGGGACUUCAAGACGGCCCGUUCCUGCUGUACCGGCUCUACCUCAUGGUCCAAGAGCAAGUGCUCAACCAGCUGAUGAUCUUCUUCACCUGCAAGAACAUCCUCAUCGUCCUCUUGGAGCUUUAUCGAAUUUUUGUGGUGCAAUGCGAGCAGUCAGCAGGGAAAUCGGGAUUGGAGGGCUGUGCUGCUUUGGUGCUCCAGUAUCGAACCAAGAGAGGUGGGGAGGAGGAGGAAGAGGAGGAGGUGGAGGAGGAGGCAGGUAGACAAGAUUGUGGAGAGCAGAACCUUCACACAGACAUGGAAAGGGGCACAGAGAGGGAGGAGGAUCAGAGAGGUGUCCAGACUAGGAAUGAAGAGCAGCGACGGCAGCGAGUGGCAAUUCAAUCAGAGGCCUUUCUCGCGCUGCGCUCUAUCUGUGUCCAUCAAAUUGCUGCACUUGGCCUGGCCUGCAAGAUGAAGAUAGCAGCCGAGGCUGUGAACGAAAGGGGGACUCUGUGUUUUCAGUGA